CACAAUUCAUUAUUUUCAUUUUCUUUUACUUCUUCUCUUCUUCUCUCUUCUCCUCUCCUCUUUUCUAAAAAGCAAGAAUAAGGUUGGCCAAUUGGUUAAAAGUAUUGUUGGAUUUUAGAAAAGAGGUAGUUCGGUAAAAGUAACUGUAUACAAAAUAGAUAAGCUAAUUUAUAAAACAAAUUCAAAAUGGAAUCAUAUCAAACUGACUUUUUAAACACUGCUUUAGAAUCUCAAGCUUUAAAAUUCGGAUCUUUCACUUUAAAAUCAGGUCGUCAAUCUCCUUAUUUCUUCAACUUGGGUUACUUUAGUACUGGUAAAUUAUUAUCAACUUUAGCUUCUUCAUACGCUAAAGCUAUUAUCAAAUCUGAACUUAAAUUUGAUAUUCUUUUUGGUCCAGCUUAUAAGGGUAUUCCAUUAGUUGCCAUUACUGCUGCCAAAUUAGCUGAAUUAGAUCCAGAAAAUUACGGUGAUAUCGGUUAUGCUUUCAAUAGAAAGGAAAAGAAAGAUCAUGGUGAAGGUGGUUCAAUUGUAGGUGCUGAAUUAAAAGGUAAAAAAAUCUUAAUCAUUGAUGAUGUUAUUACAGCUGGUACUGCCAUCAAUGAAGCCUUUCAAAUCAUUCAAGGUGAAAAUGGUAUUGUUGCUGGAUGUAUUAUUGCCUUAGAUAGACAAGAAACUACUGCUGAUUCAGAUAAAUCUGCUACUCAAGCUGUUUCUGAAAAAUAUGAUGUUCCAGUUAUUGCCAUUGUUACUUUAAAUGAUAUCAUUAAUAUUUUACAAGGUAAGAUUGCUCCAGAAGAAAUCAAAUCUAUGGAAGCUUACAGAGCUAACUAUUCUCCAAAGAACUAAAAAUAUUCUCUUUUGAUUAAAAAAUGUUAUAUAUAUUAGCUUAUAUACGUAUAAAUACAGUUGUUUUUAUCUUUUCUU